AUGGCGGGGGAGGCGAGCGUGCAAGACGCGGAGCAGUGGUUCUUCUUCUGCCCCCGGGCUGAGAGGGAGCUGCGCGGCGGCCGGCCAGCGCGCACCACUCCGUCCGGGUACUGGAAGGCCACGGGCUCGCCGUCCUGCGUCUUCUCCUCCUCCUCCUCCUCCUCAGCCGCCGCCGGUAACAGCAAGGUCAUCGGGGUGAAAAGGACCAUGGUCUUCUACCAGGGCCGUGCGCCCACGGGGGCCAAGACCACGUGGAAGAUGAACGAGUAUAAGGCUGUCGCCGCCGACGACGACCUCAGGAACGAAUUCAGCGUGUGCCGGCUCUACAUCAGCACGGGGACACUAAGGUCCUUCGAUCGCCGGCCCCUCAAUACUUCCGGCAACGGUCAAGCGGCGGCCCGCCGGCAUGCACCGUCGGCAGCCAACACCGCAAGUAUCGGACAAGCCGACAACUAUCAAGGCUGGAGCACGCUGGUGACCACCAGUACAGCUGAUGUUGACAAUUUCUGCUUCGACAUGAAUCUCAAUCAACUGUAG